UCCCUUGGCGGAGGGAUGAGGGAGCGACAGCAGCGUGCACGGAGUAGAGGACGAGGACGACGAGGAGGUGGAGUCUGUCCCAGCUCGCAUCUGGCCCGCUCCCCUCUACACCACGGGCCAAACCCGCCCCGAGCCUCACACUCACUGGCCGCCUGUUCCCCCGCACGCCUCGGCCCCGGACACCCCGGCGAAGCACCCGCUCACACACAAACACCAGGAGGGCACGAAAUGGACACGGAAGGGAGCCAGAGCAGUCUGUCCAACACGGACUCCCCUCACGACCCCUGCAAAAUGUUCAUAGGUGGACUCAGCUGGCAAACCACACAAGAGGGUCUGAAAGAGUACUUCUGCAAGUACGGUGAGGUGAAGGAGUGUAUGGUGAUGCGAGAUCCGAUUACUAAGCGCUCGAGAGGCUUCGGAUUUGUCACCUUCGCGGACCAGGCUGGAGUGGAUAAAGUUUUGGCCCAAACCAGACAUGAGUUGGACUCUAAAACAAUUGAUCCCAAAGUCGCAUUUCCCCGGAGGGCUCAACCUAAGUUAGUGACUCGCACCAAGAAGAUCUUUGUGGGAGGCCUGUCGGUGAACACCACUUUAGAAGACGUCAAGCAAUACUUCGACCAGUUUGGAAAGGUUGACGAUGCCAUGCUCAUGUUCGACAAGACCACCAACAGACACAGAGGGUUCGGCUUUGUGACUUUUGAGAACGAGGAUGUGGUGGAGAAAGUCUGUGAGAUCCAUUUCCACGAGAUUAACAACAAAAUGGUGGAGUGCAAAAAAGCACAACCCAAGGAGGUGAUGUCCCCUACCGGCUCGGCCAGGGGGCGCUCUCGGGUGAUGCCCUAUGGAAUGGAUGCCUUCAUGCUGGGGAUUGGUAUGCUGGGUUAUCCAAGCUUCCAGACUGCUACCUACACUAGUCGAAGCUAUGCGGGUAUCACCCCCGGAUAUACCUACCAGUUUCCUGAGUUCCACUUAGAGAGGACUCCCCUUCUGACUUCACCCCACCCCCCUGAACUUACAGCCAUUCCCCUCACAGCCUAUGGACCAAUGGCGGCAGCAGCGGCGGCAGCGGCAGUAGUCAGAGGUUCUACCCCAUCUCGCACAGCUGGCUUUUUGGGAACCAGCAGCCCGGGCCCAAUGGCGGACCUUUAUGGAACGGCUGGUCAGGAGUCCGCAGUAAGCGGUUACCUCAGUGCUGCGAGUCCCGCCCCAACCACCGGAUUCAGCCACGGUCUCGGGGGCCCUUUGAUCGCCACGGCCUUCACUAACGGCUACCACUGAGAACCUUGGAGUUGUCAUCAGACGGAGAAAUGGAGGGAGUUGAAGCCACUUUGGAGUUCUGUCCCGUCGCUUCUCUCCCACUCGCACACACACAGCACAGUCUUACACAACCUCACCCCAGCUGACAGGCAGCAAAAUCAAUCUUUGGGAAUUUUUGGAAAGCAAGCAAACAAUAGAAAAGGUACAGAUGCUGUAUUUUUAGCGUUACUUUUUGGGGUUAUGUUUUAUUCUGCCAUUUUUGAGCAAUGGCUGCUAUUUGUCUUAUCAGCUCAUUUGACCUCUGAACCCAUAUCUCCAAGUGAAGGCAGCGAUUGUUAACAACUAAUUUGUGAUCGAUUCUAUUUCUUCAUAAUGUGUCACAAUCUCUGUGUGUUUUAACAAAAUGUUGUUUCACAAAGUGUGAAAGCAAGUAAUUGGUCACAGUUAUAUGGUAGGCUGAAUUGAGCUGUACAAUGCUGUAAAAUAUUGUAUAUAUGACUUUUCUUGGGGGCUAAAGGGGUGGGGGUGGCGAAUACUUUUAGGGUACGGGAAGCUUUGGAGAGAAGUUUGCUUCUUCUCAUCAAUGCUUACAUGUUGGCAACUUUGCUUAGGCAUUUCUCUUCCUGUCACUUGACUGUUAUUUCAUUGAAAACUGCUGUGAGUGCAGCGGAGGAAAUUUGUCUCUUUAUUUUGUUUGACUUUUUGGGGAGGAGCGGCGCACGUGCACGUAAAAAUGCUCCUUACCUAGGAGAGGAAAAAAAAGUUUUCUUACAUUGUCAUAUUGUUUAACUGUGAUUUUUAAGAUGUGAAUAUUGUUUGUGGAAGAACAUGAAGGACUAGUCUGUUGAGUGGCCAUGCGCACUCACAGAUUUAAUCACACCACACAUGCUGACGGCUGCUGAUUGUGUGUUGCAUGUGGUUUCCUAAACAUUGACCCUAUGUAAAAUAUGCACCAUAUGCUGUUCUUGUUUGGGGGAGGUACCUCCAUUGCAAAUGUGAAAUUUUAAUUAGACUUUUUAAUGAUACAUUAACAACCUUUGUCCAAUUUAUUUGUUUUUUUUUUAAAGGUGGCUUUUCUUUUAUCACCUUUACAUCAUCACACAGAUCCACUGGAGGUCACAGCUACAGCGAUGUGACAGCUAUUUUUAGACCAAAACAAUUGUGAACAAAGUGAAUAGGAUGUUGCACUGGCUGGCCGAUAAAAAGGGCAGAAGAACAAAGCACUCCACAUUUAAUAAAAGGUUUUCAUAUUUUCAUAGACAUCCACUUAAACUGCUGCAGGCUACCACAGUAGUUUUGAUGCUGUCAUGAAUGGAGAAAAAAAAAAACUUGUCAACACUGUAACCUUUUCACGAUUUUACUUUCCUGUCAUGUUAUUUCUUCGGAGAAAACAAAAACCUUUUUAAAUUUCCUAAUAAAUUAUUUUAAAACAUUC